AUGAAUUUUCGUUUAAUUUCAAUUCUUUUGUGUUUAGAAAACUUGCUAGCUUUAUGUCCAAAAUCGAGUGUUCCUGGGUCGAUUGAGAAAACCUGUUUUUUCGGAGUAGCUUCCGGGUUCAGUUUCUCGAAAGGAGAUGCAUUUUGUGAAGACUUUGAUGGACACUUGGCCUCAGUAACGAAUUCGGAUGACAAUGAAAAAGUGCUGCAAAUUGGAAAAGAAAUUGUUGAGCAAGAGACCGCUGUCUGGCUGGGCGGGGUCUACGAUGGGAAGAAUGUCAGCUGGCUUGAUGGGUCUUCAGAUGUGUAUCAAAAUUUCGAUGCAGGAACACUCCCCGGCAACAUGAUAAUGAAUUUGACAAACGGCAAGUGGACGACGGCUAGCUGGAACGAGAAGUUGCCGAUAGUUUGUGUUAGCAGGGAUCAGACUGUAACCGAACCGCCAGUCCUCGAAUCUCCAUGUCCCACCGAGUGGUUCUACGUAGCACAAUUGCAAAAUUGUUAUAAACCAAUCUACAAUGUCGAUUUCACAAACGCAAUUGCGACUUGUCGAUCGAUGGACGCGGCUCUGGUGUCGAUUCAUUCAGAGGAGGAGAAUCGAAUUGUAGAUGAUCUCACAAAGUGCGGCCGACCGAUGGACAGUUUUGAGACGGAUUUGGUGCUGAUUGGCGGAGUUUGGUUGGGCCCUAGCAAGUCUGAGUAUGGCUGGUCGGAUGGAUCGCCGUGGAACUACUCGAAAUGGGAGCUGAAUGGACAGCCGCUUGGCCGUCCAUGCUCUAUGAUUUACCCAGACGCGUAUAGCAAUUCCGAAGCGGAUCCCUCAACGUACUUACACCGAUGGACAGAUUAUAUUGCACAAACGCAAUUUGAGAAAUUGUUUGGGCAAGCUGAAACAAAUGUCAAAAAGGUGAUUGAUGAGAAGAUUUCAAAACGGGUCACGACGAGGAAAAGA